AUGCGGUUUUGGACUUCUAAUGUUUGGAUUUGGUUCGAAGAAGGCCUUGAUUGAGGAUUUUGCUUCGACAGCAUUGACGGAUUAUUCUGUUAUAGUUAUCAAUGGCUAUCUUCAAUCAGUCAAUAUUAAACAGGUUAUAGUAGCCAUAGCUGAAGUACUGUCGGAUCAGUUGAAAUCCCGAGUUAGAAAUGCAUCAGGUAGCACAUCUAAAGUUCAUCAGCCAUUUACCUCGCGAUCCAUGGACGAUCUGUUUUCAUUUUUGAAUGGAUCAAAUGAGGAAGACAAGGAUUGUUUUGUUUGCGUUGUGAUACACAACAUUGAUGGAGCUGGGUUAAGAGAUUCUGAAACUCAGGAGUAUCUUGCCCGAGUUGCUGCUUGUUCCCAUGUUCGAAUUAUUGCCUCCAUUGACCACGUGAAUGCACCUUUUUUGUGGGACAAGAAGAUGGUUCACACACAAUUCAACUGGUUAUGGUAUCAUGUUCCAACAUUUGCCUCUUACAAGGUUGAAGGAAUGUUCUUCCCUUUGAUUCUUGCACAUGGUGGCACGGCUCAAAGUGCGAAAACUGCUACAAUAGUUUUACAGAGUUUGACGCCCAAUGCUCAAAGUGUUUUCAAAGUUCUUAUAGAACAUCAGCUAUCUCAUCCCGAUGAAGAAGGUAUGCCGAUCAAUAACUUGUACGCGAUUAGUCGAGAGCGGUUUCUAGUGAGCAGCCAGGUAACACUGAACUCCCAUUUGACUGAAUUUAAAGACCACGAGUUGGUGAAAACCAGAAGGCAUUCUGAUGGUCAAGAUUGCUUGUAUAUACCUCUUCCAUCUGAAGCACUUGAAAAAUUAUUAAUGGAGUUGGGAUAACAUCUUUGCAUUCUUUCUGUAUGCAUAAACAAAUUUUGUGUUUGUGUGUGUAAUUGUUGAUAAGUGUUGCACUGUCAUUGUUUACAGAUAUUGGAUUAAUCACUAAUUAACUUUUAAUUUUAAUGGAAAUUUCCUAA